AGACGUGAGCAGAGCAGAUAAUGGCAAGCAUGGCUGCCGUGCUCACCUGGGCUCUGGCUCUUCUUUCAGUGUUUUCGGCCACCCAGGCACGGAAAGGCUUCUGGGACUACUUCAGUCAGACAAGCGGGGACAAAGGCAGGGUGGAGCAGAUCCAUCAGCAGAAGAUGGCCCGCGAGCCCGCGAGCCUGAAAGACAGCCUUGAGCAAGACCUCAACAAUAUGAACAAGUUCCUGGAAAAGCUCAGGCCUCUGAGUGGGAGCGAGGCUCCUGGGCUCCCACAGGACCCGGUGGGCAUGCGGCAGCAGCUGCAGGAGGAGUUGGAGGAGGUGAAGGCGCGCCUUCAGCCCUACAUGGCAGAAGCGCACGAGCUGGUGGGCUGGAAUUUGGAAGGCUUGCGGCAGCAACUGAAGCCCUACACGAUGGAUCUGAUGGAGCAGGUGGCCCUGCGCGUGCAGGAGCUGCAGGAGCAGUUGCGCGUGGUGGGAGAAGACACCAAGGCCCAGCUGCUGGGGGGCGUGGACGAGGCGCGGGCUUUGCUGCAGGAGCUACAGAGCCGUGUGGUGAAUCACACUGGCCGCUUCAGAGAGUUCUUCCACCCGUAUGCCGAGAGCCUGGUGAGCGGCAUCGGGCGCCACGUGCAGGAGCUGCACCGCAGGGUGGCUUCGCACGCCCCAGCCAGCCCCGCGCGCCUCAGUCGCUGCGUGCAGGUGCUCUCCCGGAAGCUCACGCUCAAGGCCAAGGCCCUGCACACACGCAUCCAGCAGAACCUGGACCAGCUGCGCGAUGAGCUCAGUAGGGCCUUUGCAGGCACUGGGACUGAGGAGGGGGCCGGCCCGGACCCCCAGAUGCUCUCCGAGGAGGUGCGCCAGCGACUCCAGGCUUUCCGCCAGGACACCUACCUGCAGAUCGCUGCCUUCACUCGCGCCAUCGACCAGGAGACUGAGGAAGUCCAGCAGCAGCUGGCGCCACCUCCACCAGGCCACAGCGCCUUCACCCCAGAGUUUCAACAAACGGACAGUGGCAAGGUUCUGAGCAAGCUGCAGGCCCGUCUUGAUGACCUGUGGGAAGACAUCACUCACAGCCUUCAUGACCAAGGCCACAGCCACCUGGGGGAGCCCUGAGGGUCUACCUGCCCAGGGCCAUUCCCAGCUCCUUGUCUGGGGAGCCCUGGCUCUGAGCCUCUAGCAUGGUUCAGUCCUUGAAAGUGGCCUGUUGGGUGGAGGGCGGAAGGUCCUGUGCAGGACAGGGAGGCCACCAAAGGGGCUGCUGUCUCCCGCAUAUCCAGCCUCCUGCGGCUCCCCCAUCUGGAUGCAUUACACUCACCAGGCUUUGCAAA